AUGCCGAGAAAUCUUCACAAGCUUUUACUUGUAUUCAUUCAUGGGUUUAAAGGAGACGAGCAAACUUUUAAAGACUUUCCAGAAUGGCUCGCCGUGACAAUGAACAACCAACCAAACCUUAUUACCGAACCAAUAGUCUUUAAACAGUACGAAACACGUGGUCAGCUGGGGCAAGCUGUGGAUAACUUUUGUGCAUGGCUUGAUGAUGAGGUGAAAUCACAUGAAGAGGCAAAAAUACCAAUUGAUGGCAAGAAUGUAUCUGUUCCUGUUUGGGUUUGUUUGCUUGGUCAUUCGAUGGGUGGUUUGGUAGCUGCGGAUGCUAUUCUAAAGUAUAGGGAAUUAGGCGCGAAAAAAUCACCAAAGAUCAUAGGACUUCUCGCUUAUGAUACUCCUUAUUAUGGACUAGCCUUUGAGAUGGGUGGAUUUGGUGCAUUAAAAUGGACCGCGGCUGCUUUGGCCGUUGGUGCUGUCGGUGCAAUGACAUACAAACAUAAAGAUAAACUGGGUGUGGGCAUGGAUUGGGUUAGUGAUCAUUUGAAGUUUGUUGGUGUAUUAGUGAAAAGGGAUGAAUUGAAAAAGAGACUUGAUACGUUAAUACAAGAUCCUAAGCUUAUAUUUCAUUGUUUCUAUACUCUGAUCCCCGCCAAGAAUUACGGUGAUAGAACGAAAACCUUUAUCUCUCUUCCACCAGAACACAUGCGUCAAUACUUCUCGCCAUACGAGUGUGAAGUAAGCGAUGAGAUUGAAGCACACGUUUCCAUGUUUGAUCCAAAAACCAAUCAUAACUAUUAUAUUUUGGCUCAAAAUACUACGUCUCAAUUGCUAAAAAUGUUGGAAAAUUUCGAGUAG